UAUACUUUUAAAUCUACUUGUGCUAUCAUAUGAAUGGAUUACCAUAGAAAAUAAGCACAAGACGUGAUUAUCAAAAACAUGUUUAGUUUAAAUUUUGACAAAAUGCAGCGCCAGCUGUGGCUUCUUUCACUAUUAUGUCUAACUCUAUUCCGGCCCGAAAUGUCUCGUGCGUCGCUGCAGUUGAACUCAGAGCUGCUGGAGAAUGAUUCGCGUUAUAUUUCAUUUCAAGACUUGAUGUCAACAGCCAAACGAUUUUACGAUCCCGAUACGACUUGGUACUCAGAACUGCUUUUCGACGUAGCUAGGAAUCAAGUUAUUGUCGGUGCAAGAGACACACUGUACCGCAUGUCCUUCGAUUUAAAGCCGCUGGAGCGGGCCAACUGGGAGGCAACGCCGGAGCAGAUUGCCAUGUGCCUGGUGAAAGGCCAGUCGGAGCGUUUGUGUCGCAACUAUGUGCGCGUACUCCACAGCUAUGGUGAGAACCAAUUGUACGUGUGUGGGACGAACGCCUUUCAGCCAAGUUGUUCGUGGCGCCAGAUGGAAAAUCUAAAUGUGAGCCACUACGAUGAGGGUGUGGUCAAGUGUCCGUUUCAUCCGCAAGCAAACAGCACCAGCCUCCUAUUGGCCAACGGCAACUUGUUUGUGGGAACAGCCACUGAUUUCUCAGGCAGCGAUGCGGCCAUAAUGCGCACGGAAGUGCAGGCACAAAAUUCGGAACGGAGUCGUUUCUUGCGCACGAAGCAGUACAAUAAUCAUUGGCUGAAUGGGGCACAGUUUGUGGGCAGCUUUGAGGCGGGAAAUUUUGUCUACUUUCUGCUUCGCGAAUCGGCAGCCGAGCACAUGAGCUGUGGAAAGGCUAUGUACUCGAGAAUAGCACGAGUGUGCAAGAACGACGCAGGCGGGGACCAGUUUCUGCGCGAUAAUUGGACCUCGUUCUUGAAGGCACGUCUCAAUUGCUCGUUGCCCGGGGAAUACCCCUAUUACUUUGACGAAAUACAGGGCAUGAGCUAUGCGGAGGCAGAACAAGUGCUUUACGCGACAUUUACAACAACAGGAAACAGCAUUUAUGGAUCUGCUGUCUGCGCCUUCAAUCUAAGCGCGAUUAAUGCAGCCUUCGAUGGACCGUUUAGACAUCAGGAGCAUGCGGAUGCAGUCUGGAAAACCGUAAACACGCCACGUCGUAGUCAAUUCCAGUGCGUCGCCAGCUCUACUAGCUCCAAUGUGCGCUAUGGGCACCUCCUGGAGAGCUCUCGUUAUCAGCUGAUGGAUCAGGCAGUGCAACCCAUUGGCUCCCGCCCCCUGUACCACUCCAAGCUGGAGCGUUUCAAGCAGAUUGCAUUGGACGUGCUGCACACGAAGACGGAGAAGCUGCAUGUGUUGUAUGUGGCGAGCAGCCAGAACCACAUCAAGAAGUUGUCCGUGAAGUAUGCAGCGAAUUAUGAGCAUGCCCAGACGUGUCUGGUGGAGCUGUGGCAAGCGGAUGACACGGGAAUGAGCACAUUGCUGAACAUGGCUUAUCUCAAGUUUAGCGAUUCACUGUACCUCGGCACAGAUCUGGCACUGACUCGCAUACCCGCGGAACGCUGCAGUCGACACAUGUCGCAGACGAGCUGCAUCAAUGCCAUGGAUCCGUAUUGCGGCUGGAACGAGCUGGUGGAGCGUUGCACGCCCCAGCUGCUGGAUCCGCAGCUGCAUAAGUACUGGAAACAGGCGGCGGUGCUGACCUGUCCGGUGCACGACAUUAUCGAUGGCGGCUGGUCCUCGUGGUCAGAGUGGUCGGUAUGUCAGCAGGCUGGCUCGGAGGACACGAACUGUUUGUGCCGGCGGCGUAGUUGCAACAAUCCGCAACCACAGCGUGGCGGACGGAACUGCGAAGGCAUUAGCAUGCAGGUGAGCAACUGCACCGUGCAUGGCAAUUGGACGGAGUGGUCGGACUGGUCCCCCUGCACCCAAACGUGCGGCAUUGCGGUGAAGACCCGCUCCCGCACCUGUGGCAACCCCAGACCGGCUCACGGUGGACGCAUCUGUGUGGGCUCUGCGCAAUCGCAAAUGUACUGCAGCCACUUACCGCCUUGUCCGAUGCCCAAGGCUCCUGCCGUCGAUGGCGGCUGGGGACCCUGGGGCGAGUGGAGCGAAUGCAGUGCUCAGUGUGGCGGCGGCUUUCGCAUGCGUCGACGUGAAUGCAACGAUCCGAUCCCACACAAUGGGGGACAGGAUUGUCCUGGCUGCUCCCUCGACUACGAGGAUUGCAAUAUGCAGAGCUGCACGGAAGUGCGCAAGCUUAGUGCCUGGACGCCCUGGAUGGUGCAGUGGAACGAGGGCGAAAAUAUGACUGAAACGGGUGGCCAUGUCGAGAAACGCUAUCGCUAUGCUUGUCGAGCUACCAGUGGCGACGCCAGCUCUGUAAGAAUAGGCCUCGCCAAGGAGGAGACACGCAACUGCCGUGCGGAUGGCAGCUGUCAACGACAUGCCGAGCACGAUAAUCAGGAAACGGCGGAACCCAGCUCCGAAUGGGGGCCCUGCAGCGUGAGUUGCGGCGGUGGAGUCCAGCAGCGACUGCACGAGGGCAAGCAUCGCGGACGUCAUUCGCAGAGUCGCGCCUGUAAUCUGCAGCCCUGCAGCUCCGAUUCGGACAGCAAUAGCCUGAGUAACGAGCUGCUCGGCACUCACGAAUGGAGCUGCUGGUCCGAGUGGUCCCCCUGUUCGGUCACGUGUGGCAUUGGUCUGAAACGUCGCACGCGCAAAUGCUUGGGCGGACAUGAGCGCCUGUGCCAGGGACGCGCCCUAGACGAGGAGAAGUGCGAGAGGGCGCCAUGCGAAGACUUUCUUGGCUGGAGCUCUUGGAGCGAGUGGUCUUCCUGCAGCAGCGAUGGCAUACGACUCCGUCAUCGUAACUGCCUCAUCGAGCAGCCCACUUCGCUGGAAUGCCGCGGCGCCGAAUACGAGAAAACCGCCUGUGUGCCCGGCGAGUGUCAGAAGCUACACACCGCAUCAACCGUUGCAUUACCCAUAACGAUUAUGGCUGGGAUUGUGCUAUGCUUCUUAACAUUUUAUCUGACACGUCGUCGCUAUAUGCUGUCCAAUAUAGAGGCGCUGAACAAGACGACGACAACAACAGCGAGCUUCGAUUCGUAUCCGAAUCAGUAUUCCAGCUUGCCGACCAAGGAUUACUACGAUGCACGACCUAAGCGGCAGUCGAGCUUCCGCAUGCCCGCCAAGAACAGCAAUGUGGGCGGUGGCGGCACCCUCAACCGCAACAACAUGAACCACAACAACACACCCAAGGUGCUGGCCAAAACCUACAAUGAUUGCGAGACGGGCACAUUGAAGCGCAACUCGGCGCUCAAUAAUUGCCGCAGCAAUAUCGACGAUGAGAAGUUCUAGAUCGUAGGACUGAUCGUUCAUUCAGUGCCAUGUUUGCCUUCUGUAGUCUAUAGAUUGUUUACAACGACCACAACAACACCAACAACAUCAACAACAUCAACAACAACAACAACAACGACAACACAUUUUGCAGAAGCACUGCAAGAAGUUCCUUUUCUCACUCAUAUUGAGUGGCUUAGCCCUUAGUUAAUAUUAUUAGUUUUAGCUAGCCCUAACUGGUUAAUAUAUACGCAAUUGUUAGGUUUAGAGACAAUGAUCUGAAUUCAGCAUCAAUCAGAUAUCGAGACUGAAGCAUAUAUUUAUAAAAAUGUGUCCAAUCUUAUGCCGCCAUGUUGGGAGAAAUGUAAGAAAGUCUGUUUCAAUUUUCUUUUUCUCUUAUUUAUCGAUUCGUGUAUUUUGUAAAGUUAAUUUAAUGUAUGUAUAUACACAAUAGCUUGUUAAAUUUAGUGCUUAAAUAAAAAAAAUAUGAUAGGGUAUAUUUUAUUAAAAAUAUACCAACAGUUUUACUAACAAA